AUGGCGUACAGGCUGUUCUCAGAUGUUCAAGGUGCAUUCACAGAAACCGUCAUAGCUCAAUCGGAUGGAUCUUUUUCAGUGCUUCCAGCAAAUCUUCCCGGACAAUCUCUGGCGGUUGCAGUGCCCUCUCGCCUGUACUACACGAAGACGCCGGAGAAGCCCUUGGCGGGAGUGCGCCUCGGCAUCAAGGACAUCUAUGAUAUGAAGGGUUUGAAGACCAGCAAUGGCAACCGCGCUUGGUACCAUCUAUAUCCGCCGGCAAAUGAGACAGCGGUAUCGGUGCAAAGCCUCAUAGAUGCGGGCGGCAUUGCAGUGGGCAAAAUCAAGACCAGUCAAUUUGCGAAUGGAGAGACCGCGACUGCGGACUGGGUCUAUUAUCACUCACCGUUCAACCCGCGAGGCGACGGGUAUCAAGAUGCCUCUUCCUCGUCCUCCGGACCUGGUGCAGGCGAAGGAGCCUAUGCCUGGCUUGACGUCACACUCGGAUCCGACACUGGCGGUAGCGUAAGAGGCCCUUCUUCGUCCCAAGGCCUGUACGGUAACCGUCCAACGUGGAAUCUGGUUUCUCUGGAGGGGGCUAUGCCACUGGCUCCCCAGCUCGACACCGCCGGCCUUCUCGCACGUGACCCUACCCUCUGGACAACGGCUGCGCAAGCCUUGUAUGGACCGAACCUCACACUCAGUUCGUCGUACCCUUCGAGCAUACUGACAAUCGGCUUUCCGACAUUCAUCAACUCUACAGCUGAUGGACUUCUGUUAGACUUUCUCAGCACGGUAUCUGACUUCAUCUCGGCGAAUGUUUCGGCAUUCAAUAUCACGACUGCCUGGGCUGAAAUUCUACCGGAAGCACCUCCGCUAAGACAGCUGCUAAAUCUCAGUUACCCGAUCCUCAUUAGUAAAGAGCAAACAAGGCUGGUCCGUGACCCGUUCUAUGCCGACUAUGCUGCUGCACAUGAUGGCCGUCUACCUUUCGUCGAUCCUCCGCCAUUGACGCGAUGGGCGUAUGGCGACAACGCAACGGCGACCGUUGAGGAAGCUGUUGCGAAUAAGACCGCCUUCAUGGAAUGGUUUACCAACGAGAUUCUUAUGCCUGACGCAAAGACUUGUUCGAGCAGCUUGAUGAUGUACGUUGGGUCAGACGGCGACAAUACGGUGUACAGAAACACUUAUUGGGAUCCACCUCGAGUGCCCUUUGGCUUCUCAACAGGCAGAAUCAGCGUCUUUGCUGAGGUGCCGGACAUGGUUGUGCCGAUUGGGCAAGCGGCAUAUGAAUCUACUGUCACGAAUCAUACGGAGUAUCUGCCUGUGACUGUCGACUUCAUGGCGGCGAAAGGCUGUGACGGCAUGCUCUUCUCGCUUGUUGGGGAGUUGUUCGCUGCGGGCAUCGUCAAUGUGAGUCAAGCUGGACAAAGCAGCGUUGUUGGUGGGGAGAUUCUGUUCAAGCGCAUGUGA